UUCCUCCCCCUCUCGAAUGUUCUUUGAAUUGGAAUUAACUAAUCUAAAAAGUGGACGUUCCCGUCGAAAUGCAAAUACUUGCAAACCUGGCUCUAACAACACAAAAUGUUGUUUAUACGAUUUGGUUAUAGAUUUUGAGAAAAUUGGAUGGGGAUUUGUUAUUGCACCUAAAAGAUAUAAUGCUUAUGUUUGUAGCGGAGAAUGUGCCAGAAUGGCCAAUAGUCCAUCUAUGGGACGAUUUCAAGCUGCUGCAGCUGCCAAAAUAGACCACUUUCAAUGUUGUCACCCAAAAGAAUAUAACGGAAUUACUGUAGGAUUUUUGGAAAAAAUAAUCUUAAAAAUUAAAAAAAUUUAG